AUUCUUGUCACAGUCUUAAUUGUGUUUACAGGAUCGUUGUAGUGGACAGUCAAGUGCCCUCCAGACGAAUAAAAAAAGAGGAGGAGACCCAGGCCCUUUCCAGGCAGUGCUGUGUUGGAGAGACAGUGGAGUCCAGGCUGGAGGAGAGGCAGAGGGGGAAGCAUGUCUACUGACCAGGAGCCCACCUACACAGUCAAGCUGCUGCAGCUUCUACUGCUCUCCACCUACUGGGGCAUGCAGAUCUGGGUCACCUUCAUUUCAAGCUUUGUGAUGGACAACCACCUAAACAGACACACAUAUGGGUUUAUUCAGAGUCGUCUUGUCCCGUUCUACCUCCACUUGGGUUCAGCUUGUGCCUUCUUUAACCUCACCAUCUAUGCAGUGUACCAUCCCAGUGACAUGCUGGACGACAGAGAAGCUUUCCAGAUCUUCAUCUUCUUUGUGUCAGUGACAGUCGCAGCUGUCAACGCUCAGUGGUUUGGUCAGAUGGCGUCAGAGAUCAUGGCGGACAUGCACCUGAUCGAGCAGGCGUGCGGACUGGGUCAGGAUAUCGGCUUGUCAUCGAACAGGGAAGCUUAUGCCAAGCUGUGUGAGACGGAUGUCAAGUACAGACACCUCAGCAGUCGUCUUUGGCUGUACAGACUGCUGUCCUCUCUGUGUAACCUCUGCUGCAUAGGCUGCAACUUCUACAGUCUGUGCUACAUGGCAGAGAACCUCGGUACGCUGUAAAGCUUUUUAUGUAAAGUAUCACGUCUUUCUUUCAUUCUGUCUUGUUAGUUAUGAGAUGAACAGUGAGGUUGAUCUUGUUCCUUGGGAAAUAAUGGAAGAAGUCAGCCUCCAUGUAUAGAUUUUGGUCCUCUUUUUUUUUUUGUUGUUGUUGUUGGUUUUGAGACAAUCAUGGUCACGAAAACGAGAUGAAUCAGCUCCUGCAAUGUGAGCAAUGUGUGAGCAAUGUCUCACCUUUCACCUAGUGUGGCUGAGGCUGCUGUGCACUGCUGCCUGGUGAAGUCAUCAAGCUAGCAGUACAGUGCCUUACAGGAAG